AUGGUCCAUUUUGAUCAAGGAAAGGAGAAAGGUCAAAAGGUAUCCAGCAGGUCUAUCCAACAAGCAGCAACUAAGAACAAGAAACAUUCCAAACUGUCCUUCAACACCAGCAAGUUCAGAGCUUCAAAGGAUCACUUACCUCUGAGAGUACUUCAGAUAACCAGGAAGAGACCGGAAUGGAGAACAGAAGAAGAAGUGAAGUUUGUACAAAGCUGCUUGCAGGAGAUAGAAAGCUAUCAAAAUUACAGCUUGAGACUGCAAUUUCUUCUGGCUAAAGUGAUUCGCUUUGAAUGGUUUGAACGUGGGCGAGUCAUUCUGAAGAAAGGACACUGUGGCAUUAGUUUCUACUUCAUUUACUUUGGCAGUGUUGCUCUUACAGAUGAUGAGGAUGGUAGCAGCAAUUUGACAGCUCUGUAUCCCGUGGUGCUUCAGAAGGGGGCAAAGUUUGGGGAAGUUUCUCUACUGAAGGGAACACGGCGAAUUGCUACAGUUGUCUGUAUGGAAGACACAAAGCUAUUUGUGGUGGAUAAGGACGACUUCUUUGCUAAUAAAUUAGAUGAAGAGCUUUGGGAAGAAUUAUGCUGUCAAUAUAACUUCAUCAAAGGUGUGAACUUCUUUGCAAAAUGGUCUAAAAGAUCAAUAGUGAGAAUAACUAAUAGCUGCAAAAUGGAAAAGUUUCACCAUGGACAGGUGAUAACGAAAGAUAUUACAAAGUCAGCCAGUGUAAUUCUCAUUAGUAAGGGAACCUGUGAAAUUUUGCGCCUAGUUGAUCUUACUGCUUGUCUGUCCUAUCACAAAUGGGUCCGUCAACAGCUCACGGAUCUUCCCAAGAUUAGCCCUUGUCUCACCAGGAAAACUGGAGCUGUAGGCAGGAAGACGUUUGAAGACUUUCUGUGGAAGUCCUCUCCAGUGCAGAACUUAACAAAUCUCAAAGCUCAGGACCUUAAAUGUAAUAUGAGUCAGAAUGGUAAAAAUGUGAAUAGACAUCCCACUGCUGCAAGAGCUAAAAGGACAAAUCAAAAGCUGGAAAAACAACAGACAGGAGGCCUUUUCAGUUGUAGCUAUGAUGACUGUGAUAACACAAAAAUUGGUCAGAGGGAAGUGUCUGGGCUCUUCCACAAGACAAUGACUAUUUUGACACCAUAUGGAGAGAUACCCGCUGAUCUUGCCUUGGCAGUUUACAUGAGAGUUGCUGAAGUUCAUGAAGGAGAAAUUGUGGGCAUCAGCCAACAUUUUUUCCCUGACCAUAUGCAAGAUAGACGGAGCAUGGUUUUAGUCAGUAAGGAUGCUGAGGUCAUAUGGUUGAGGAAGGACAGCUUUGAAAAGUUAGCAGAUUUAGGAAAAGUUCUUGAAUUACACAAGCGUUAUCCUAGUGAUGAUGAGCUGUGUCAGAAGUUUCUAGAAGAGAACCAGUGGAAAAUAAUAAAGAAAGACCUAACGAGUUCUGUAUUACAAAGAAAAUGUGCACCAAAAAUAACAUCUGUUUUUGAAAAGCCCGGAGAACAUGUUGAUAAUUCCUGGAGUGUGAAUCAAGCUGGCAUUCUGGACCUGAGUGCGCUCUAUCAUAAACCUUCCCAGCAGCACCCACACAAGUUUGUUCCUCUUUACCUGGAGCGAAGAAGGCAGUAUCCAAUUAUGCCGGAUACUGAGUUACGACUGAUUCAUAGUAUCGUUUCACCACAGCUCAGUUUAAAAGGACUGUUCUAGAAAGCAUGAGAAAGCAGCUUAAAGUCACUGAUGCAGACAAAGAAAGUGAAAGACCAUUUUUAAAAAAUGAAAGUUGGAAGAAUAAAUCUGUGUUCAAAUUCAUAGUUCUCCCCCCACACCUUUUUUUUUCCUCCAUUUUUCCAGGAUUGCUGCUGUGAACUUCAGUGUACAUACUGUUUUUUCCAGUGGUAAUUUAAUUUUUCCUUUAUUCUAAGGAAAUGUGUUUAUGCACUCAAACAUUUUCACCUAUGUUUUAUUCUGUGGAAUAUACCCUUUUAUGUGAAAUAUUCAGUCUUUUUAAGAGACUGAGAUACUUUCUUAUUUGUAUAUCUGGUGAAUACAACUCUCAAUGCAACUGAAAAAAAGCUCUAGUCCCUCUCCCAGUUGAGGUGAUGAAGUUGUGUGAUAUAAUUAAUAUGAUACUUAAAAUAUAUUGGUUGAUUACAGCUGUAAUAGCUGCUGUAAUCUUUGUAAUAUUUGUGCUUUGUAUUGGAAAUGUAUUUGGAAGGCUGAUACUGUUGCAACGUGCUAACCAGAACUAUAGUGCUGUGUUCUGAAUGCUGCCAGGGUAAGUUGCUCAAAGUUUUUGGUGAAGUGUGAAAUGAUGAAUAGACUUUUUUUGCAAUAUAUUGUUUAUUCGAAAGUGUUUUGGGUUUUUUUUGUUUGUUUUUUUCUUUGUAAUACUGAACUUAAAGGUAAGUAAUCAAACCAUAAAGAUAUGUUCUUCCAUUACAUUAAACCUCUGAGAGAUUUUAAGACCUACCUACACUUGCACGGGUUUUGUGCCAGAAAAGUGUCUUUCUAGUACCUUAGUGAUAUUCCAGAAACGUAAUGAUCCUGUAAAAAACGAUCUUAUGAAAAGCAAGAUAUCUUGAAAGAGAUGACUAGUCGAGACUUUCCUGGACUAUGGAUGCUACUUAUAGGGAUAUCUCAUGCAUGAGGAAUGCAGGGCUGGAAUUUUCCUGUGCUUACAUGAGAUUCUGGCUAUGACCUGAGCUGGGAUUGGACCACUGGAUCUCUAGAGGCCCCCCUCCAAUGUAAAUCACUCUGUUCAGUGGAUCGGUGUUGUCUUUGUUUGCAGAAAAUAAGCUUUAAAUGUAUAGAGCGAACCUGCAAAGAUGGACAAAGUAACUGUAGCUUCUGAUUGUUCCAAGGCUUUAUCUUUUCAUGGAUACAAAUGUCAUUUAUUGCAGAAUAUAAAUCACAAGGAGUGUGCACUAUUGUGCAAGAUAUUUUGAUGUAGACUUUAGAGUUUUCCACUUUAUCUGACCCAGUUAUGUGCUUGAGAAAUUAAUACACUUCUAACAUAUUGCUGUCUGAGGAGAAAAACGAAUCCAGAGAGAUGUCUAUUUAAAAGUAAACAGAGAUCUCUUACCUAGUGCCUUGGAAGAAAAGUGAGAUGAUAGAUUUUAACUGUCUGGAAUGUAUAGAUUGACAUGAGAUCCUGGAAGAAAUUAAGGACCUAACUUUUCACAAAUGCUGGACGGUUGUAUGUACUUAAAUCUAAAGCAACAAAAACACUAAACUUGUCUGACCUGUUUUCAGCUGUUGUGAACUGAGGUGCUGCUGUGAUAAGUGAAUUUGAUCAUUUCCAUUUUGCAGUAUGUGUCAUUCAACAGAAAAAUAUUCGGUUAAAUUCUCUAUAGGCAAUUACCUUCUCUAGAUACAGGCCACAUUAUGGCUUCAAAUCUAAGCCAAACUGAUAUUGAUCUGGUGAUUUGUUUACUCAUGUGAUAGAGACUGUGGUUUUAGGUUGGUGCGCAGAGGAUGCUGCAGAACAAUAACUAGCAUUAACUGAUACUGUUCUUGAAAAUUUCACUUCUGAAGACUUCCUGAACUGCUUUAAAGCAUACUCAUAAGAAAUGUAAGACAGCUUUUCUUGCUGCAUUUGUUCUUGAAGUGAUAAAGAUACAAACAACAGUGUGUUUACUACAAAGAAGGUAAAUUGACUCUGUAUUGUUCCUCUGUGCUUUUCUUUUUCAAAGGGACUUUCAAUAAAAGAACUAAAACAAUGA